CGUUCCGUACCGACUGUACAAACAUGGCGGCCGAGGGCGAUGUAGAUUUGGACUUGGAGGCGGAGGAGAACUGCACAGGCAAACCUGCCGAAAAACCGCGUAAACAUGACAGCGGAGCCGCUGAUCUGGAAAGGGUGACUGAUUAUGCCGAGGAGAAGGAAAUAUCAAGCUCGGAUUUGGAAACGGCUAUGUCAGUGAUUGGUGACAGGCGGUCCAGAGAACAGAAAGCAAAACAGGAGAGAGAAAAGGAAUUGGCUAAAGUAACGAUUAAGAAGGAAGAUGUUGAGCUAAUUAUGGGAGAGAUGGAGAUUCCACGCGGCGUGGCGGAACGCAGUCUGAGGGAGCACAUGGGGAACGUGGUUGACGCUUUGAUAGCGCUGACGAACUGAAUUGGACUCAUUUGACAGAACUAUGGACACACGGGACUGCUUUUGUUGGCUGCGAUGACGCCAUUCCGGGAUUUACGUGCUGCAUUUUAUUAUCUGUAAUAAAAUAACCGUUUCAAAGUA